GAGGAGACCCCAAAAAACCCGGAGGAGACCCCAAAAAACCAGGAGGAGAACCUAAAAAGCCAGGAGGAGACCCCCAAAACCAUGAGAGAGGAGACCCCAAAAAACCAGGAGGAGACCCCAAAAAACCAGGAGGAGACCCCAAAAAACUGUGAGGAGAGCCCAAAAAACCAAGAGGAGACCCCAAAAAACCAAGAGGAGACCCCAAAAAACCAUGAGGAGAGCCCAAAAAACCAAGAGGAGACCCCAAAAAACCAGGAGGCCCCAAAAAAUCAGGAGGAGAACCUAAAAAGCCAGGAGGAGGCCCCAAAAAACCAGGAGGACAUCCCCAAAAACCAGGAGGAGGCCUCAAAAAACCAGGAGGAGACCCCAAAAAACCAGGAGGACAUCCCCAAAAACCAGGAGGAGAACCUAAAAAGCCAGGAGGUGACCCCCAAAACCAUGAGAAGACCCUAA